AUGCUGGGCGUAGAUCGAGGCAACUUUGUUUCGAACAACAAAAAGUACGACGACACACCCAUGGCAAUCGGCUUUGGUGCCACCAUCAGUGCACCGCACAUGCACGCCUACGCUUUGGAGCUACUGAAAGACCACCUGAAAGAAGGAGAGCGAGCACUGGACGUCGGAUCAGGAUCUGGCUACCUGACCGCCUGCAUGGCUCUAAUGGUGGGAACGACUGGCCUCGCCGUGGGCAUUGAGCACUUUCCGCAGCUACUGAACGAGUCCAUUGAGAACAUCACCUCGGGCAAUGCUGACCUGCUCAAGUCGAAGCGCAUCAUCCUGCAGGUGGGCGACGGUCGCAAGGGCUGUCCCGAGCACGCCCCCUACAAUGCCAUUCACGUCGGUGCGGCGGCACCGACGCUUCCUAAUGCGCUUGUAGAGCAGCUAAAGCCUGGCGGCCGACUGAUUAUUCCCAUCGGCGAACGAAAUGGCGAGCAGAACCUGGAGCAGAUUGACAAGACGGUCGACGGGACGAUUGUCCGGCAGAAGGUGAUGGGCGUCAUGUACGUGCCGCUGACUGACAAGGAGAAGCAGUACCGUGCAUCUUAG